AUGGAACCAUUUCAAGAUAAGCAACAGUUAGAGAGGUAUAGAAAAAAGCUGGGUUUGAAGUAUGCUAUCGUGAAUACCAAUGGAAAAAUUUGGUUCUUUGUGGAUGAAUGUAUAAAUGUGGAAGUGAUAAAUGAUGAUGAUCAACAGAUUACGUGCAGGCUAAUGAACCAAGAAAGUAAUACUGAAAUGGUAGUUACUUUGGUUUAUGCUAAAUGUACGCAAAGUGAGAGACUUCAAUUAUGGGAUUCUCUAUUUCAGAUAUCUCAUAAUUUUCAAAUUCCAUGGCUAGUAGGAGGGGAUUUUAAUGUCAUUGUUAAUGACGAGGAAAAAAAGGGAGGUCUUCCCGUUACAGAAGAGGAGACAACAGAUUUUAACCACUGUAUCAAUACAUGUGUAUUGGAAGAUAAGGGGUUUAAAGAAAGCAAAUUUACCUGGUGGAAUGGUAGAACGGAUGAUGAUUGCAUCUUCAAAAGAAUUGAUAGGGUAUUAUGUAAUGAGAAGAUCCAAGAAUUAUUCCCGAAAAUAGAAGUGGAGCAUUUGAUUAGAAGUGGUUUUGAUCAUGCACCAAUGUUGAUUGCAUGUAGCACUGAGGUUGAGCAAAUAACUAAAAGUUUUAGAUUCCUAAAUUUUUGGUUAAAGGAAGAUUCCUUCAUGAAUGUGGUCAGGAAGAAUUGGAAUGCUGAUUUUUCGGCAAACCCUUUCAAUAUUUUUCAUUAUAAACUUAAAAAGGUUAAAACUGCGAUGGCACAAUGGAGUAGGGAAACCUUCGACAAUAUUUUCCAGGAAGUUAAAACUAUGGAGGAGGUCAUUAAGGUGAUGGAGGUUCAAUUUGAAGCAGAUCCCUCGGGAAGGAAUAGAGAAAAGCUGCAAGAGGCGCAAGCUCAGCUUAAUAAAUAUUUACAUAGAGAGGAGGAGUUUUGGAAACAAAAAGCAGGAAUGGAGUGGUUUAAAGAUGGGGAGAGAAAUACUAAAUUUUUCCAUUCAGUUGUGAAAGGGGGAAGGAUAUACCGUCAAAAGAAGAAGUACAUCAAGCAGUUAUGGGACUCAAUAGAACCAGUGCAGGAAGGAGGACCUGAUGGGAUGACAGGAGCUUUUUAUCAAGAUAUCUGGGAUAUUAUUGGCGAUGAUGUUUAUGAAAUGGUUAAGGCUUUCUUUUGUGGAGCAGAUUUGCCAAG